AUGACUGCGUAUUUCACUGCUCAGGAGAGCCUCAGUAUUGGCUACUGCGAAGACAGUGAUAACGAAGCCGACUACAACAUCAAUAACGGUGACGAAGAUGAUACAGACGACCUGGACACAACAUUGUGCGAUGUUGGCCAAGAGGACUACAUUAUGGAAGAUGUGACCCAAAACGAUCCGAAAACUUCCACGAAAAGUCCGCCGUUUGCUUCUUCGUCGGCACCCCGAUCACCGCGACCGAUUCCGAUUCCAAUACCGCCGCCACAGAUGAUUUCUUGA